AUGCGAAUCUCUUUCAGUGGUCCCGCAAAAUGUUCCCUCAUCUUUGAAUCCCUUAAAUACUGCCCCUGCCCGACCUGCGACCCCUGGACAACACUCGAGACACAUCCCUUCAAGGACGACUUCCAACGCACCUACGGCAUCAUUGAUCUUGAGGGGUACGACCGGGUUGUCUCGUUCAAGGUCUGCUGGGACCAUCAGAUGUUGAUGAGCUUGAAUGCGUACCCUGACCGCCAGACUGCCAGAGCCUCGGACCUGGACCUGUUUGUCUGUGGAUGGAAACGGAAUACCCGCUGGACGGAUAACGUUGUGCUUGUGGGCAAUAUGUGUGUAGUUACGGUCGAGGUGUUUUAUAUCAUUGCUGCCCUGGCAUCCCCGCCUACGUCACCGCCCACGUUUGUCGCCCCUCCUUCGCCGCCCUCUCCCACGAUCACUUUCCCCCGUCGCGGCCCACAGAUGCUUGUUGUCGACCAUCAUUACUACGAUACGGUUAUCAAAGUCGAGGUGAAUGACCGCUACAACCAGCAGCCUGAGGCCAUUAAAGUCGAAGUUGGCGAUUUCUAUCAGCCCAGGAUCACGCUCUCACACAUCUCCAUCUCCAUGCCCAUCCUACCGGUACCCCAGAAACGAGAAAUCGACUGCGCCUAA